AUGCGCUACCGACUCGACGGUUUGAAUAGCCUUAACUACACACUCGUGUCAAUGCGUCUGUGCCCGGAACUAGUCCCUUCGAGGGCUCUUAACGAGGUCUUACUUGCAAAGUCCCCAGCAGAUGAAAUGACAAUUGGAAAUGGAAUGGCAGGCGGUGCCGUCACGAUGGCAAGAGAGACUGGACUCGAGCCUUUUGGUGGAACGGCUAAGCAGAAUGUGCACAGCAACCGGACAGUUGAGCCAACCAAAGUCCGGCUUGUCGCAGAGACAACAGAACUGGGCGUGCGACAUGCAACUUUGGCUGUAAAUAAGCGAAAUUCAGUCUCGAGAAUGGCCUCUUUUAAAGCUUCGCUACAAGAAAGGAGCAUUCUUCGGACGCAUCACCAUCAAGAGAAUUCGAGCCUCCUUCAGACAGUUAAUCAACCAGCUCAGCUGAAUGAGAGUGUGAAAAAAGAGGCUCAUUUCGGUCGCCACAACGACGAAGAGUGGUGCGCUCGUCUAAUGCUAUCCGGAGAAGACGGUAAGCAGACCAAAGAGAGAGAGGCAGAGAAGAGACAAACAAUCAGGCGGCCUCGUGUUCUUCAUCUGGUGGUACGGCCAAUCCGCGAAAAGAGUCCUGGCGCCAGGAGUAACCGGAAACUUGGUGAGUGA